GCCCAAGGUUAUAUAGCAACAAAGCUAGAAGAAGAAGAAGAAUCUGAUUGAUUAAGCUAGGUAGCAUGUCGAUGAUCUCCAACAUGUUGGGUCGGAGGCAGCCACCGCCGCCGCAGCAGCAGCAACCGGCGGGCCACAAGACCAACGGCCACGGCGGCGGCGGCGAGGUCGUGGAGCCGGUGAGCAUCGACAUCCUGGAGCCGUUCAUGGAGGCCAUCUCGCUGAAGGCGUUCGGUGGCCCGGCGCUGGGCCUGCCGUUCUCGACGGCGAGCAUGGACUGGAAGGAGACCCCGACGGCGCACGUGUUCAUGGCGGACGUGCCGGGCCUGCGGCGGGAGGAGGUGAAGGUGGAGGUGGAGCAGGAGCGGGUGCUCCGGAUCAGCGGGCAGCGCGCGCGCGCCGCCGAGGACAAGGGCGACCGGUGGCACCGCGUGGAGCGGAGCGCCGAGAAGUUCGUGCGCACCGUGCGCCUGCCGCCCAACGCCGACGUCGACGGCGGCGGCGUCCACGCCGCGCUCGACAAUGGCGUGCUCACCAUCACCAUCCCCAAGGACGACGGCAAGAAGGCCUACGGCAGGAUCAUCCCCAUCACCAACUAAUGAUCAGCCACGUGCAUGCACCAUCGACUCAAUCAAUACUGCCAUACGUAGUACUACUACCACCCAAUUACUUCGCUAAAGAGAACCGUAAGUUGCCGGAGAUAUGCCCGGCGGCGUACGUAUGUGCUCAAUGCAAUUCCGGAAGACUUCAGUCAACUUUACCGUAGAGGCACUCAACCCCGGCCUGCAUGGACUGAUGCACACAACCAUCCAGUGGUUUACAGGCUAUAUGAUCGAGAUAUGAUAUAUGACUACAAAUAACCAAUAUAUAUGUAGCAGCAGCUGGUGAAAACAUAUCUACUACUCCCACCGUCGUCCGAAAUUAUUUAUCGCAGAAAUGAAUGAAAAUGGAUGUAUCUAAAAUUAAAGUAUGUCUAGAUUAUAUUCAUUUCAACUACGAGUAUUUCCGAACGGAGGGAGUAUAUACUUGUGCCGGGUUAUUAUUA